AUGGCAAUAUCAAUGGCAGCAUUUUCGAAUAAAGGGAUUGCUGAGACCAUUCUCUGUUUCUAUGUCUUUGUGUUUUGUUUCCUUCCCACAGUAUUUUGUGCUGGAUAUUUGCAAAAGCUUUAUUCACCAGUUCCUGGUCCCGGGUGCUUUGCGUUCGAUUUGUUAGGAGUAGGACCUUACACAGGCGUUGCCCGAUGGAAGAAUUCUCAAAAGCAGAUGGGCAAGGAUUCUUUUUCCUUCACGGCUGACCCAAAAAUCUGUGGGAGGCCAUUAGGCUUGGGGUUUUACUACAAGACUGGUGAGCUCUACACAACAGAUGCUGGUUUAGGCCUUGCUGUGAUUGGAUCUGGAGGAGUUCGUGGAAAACAACUUGCCUCCUGUGCAGAGGGAGUGCCAUUUUGGCUUCCCUGA